AUAUUCGGUGGACCUGAAAGACUGGUAAAAAAUAAAGGUGAACAGAUAAAUUAAGAAUGAAGAAACAUGGAAGACAAACUAAAACUGCUGCCAGAGACAGUUCUGUAGGUAAAGGGACGAAACCCGGGAAAACGUAUAACCUCCGGAAAAGAAAGUACGAGUGGGGACAGGACGGAGAAGAUGAAAGAUCAAUAAAUAUCCCAAAUCCCAAACAGAGACGGGUCCAGACAGAGGAUAAUGAGGAAACGACAGACAGAAGUCCAACACCCUCGGCUAGACGUUCAAAUCAUCCUACUAGUGUAAAUAAAUCAAACGAAAAAGGGGGAAAUUUUCAUAUCAACACAAAAAGACCAAUGAAAAGAAAAACUGCGAGGAAAUCAAAAGGUACCCAUCUUGAUGUAGAAUAUCAAACGAAGAGGGCACAGAUAAUGCUUCGAUCUUCCAUUAAACAUACUAAAGACAGCAAGGAAAAAGUAAAUACGCACACUAAUUCUAAACAGUUUCUAAAAGUAAAGAAAAACAAGGAGAAAGAAAGCCUUUCGCGUAGAAAUCAGAAAGCAAUUUUGAAAAAACAAAGUAGGCGGAGCAGGAUAAUAAAUCCUGGAGUAAAAAGUCCGACCCCAAAUAAAAGCUUUCAUCAAAAGAGGAUGGUCUUAAAGGAAGAAAAAUUAGGAACUAACAGUGACCUGAAUUCUAAAGCCGAAAGCUUUAAAAAGUCAAAAGCAAAGAUGAUUAAACAAAAUUUGCCUGGGAAUGAACGCAUAUUGUUUAAGACACAAAAUACUAUAGGAUUGACAGACGAAACAUCUGCAGAAGAAUUUUUCAAAAUGUUUCUAACGAAAAUUGACGUUAAACACCAUCCUAAGGUAGGUCUAGAAAAUGAGAUUGGAUGGAUACAUGGAAUCAGUAUAUCACAAGACAACCUAGUUUGUGUGAGUCAUUUUGGAUACACAGUGCAGCUUAGAAAUACAACAGGCGAAGUCAUGAAAACUUUUAAAUUAGAUUUCAGACCUGUAUUCAUUUGCUGUACGCCCUCUGGUGAUGUGUUGAUUACACGGGGAUAUUGUGCUCGUAAACCUUUCAUUACCUCAAUAUCAAGAGAAGGAGAUGUAAAAGUGUUAGCCGAUCUUUCUUCCUUCGCAUCAAAAUUAUGUGGAAUUUUAUGCCAAGAUGAAAGAAUAUUUGUUGUUGCACGUAGACCAAAAGAUAAAAAUUCCUUCAUUAUCAAACUUACGGAGAAUGGAGAAGUUGAAGAAGUAUACCCCACGCAGAAAUCCUCAGAUGAUUUUAAUCAGAUAAUUUCAUUAAAUGGUCAAAUAGUUGCCGUUUACAAUCAUUUGGGUGGUUUAAUCCCUUUGGAAACCAAUGAAAUUUCCACACGAAAGCUAAACAAAAUUGACAUACCGGUAACUUCAUAUUCAUUGAGUGCAUCCGUGGACAAGUUCGGGAACGUUAUCAUGGCAUCAGACACUUCUCUUUUUAUUAUCAAUCCAAGUCUGGAGUACAUGCAUGAAGUAGAUACUGGUAUUUCUGGAGACAUCGUCGCAACAGCUGUUGAUCAAGAAAAUCAGUUGUGGUUCGGUACCAGCUCUGGAGACCUGUAUUCUACGAAAUACCUGAAAUGAUUGUACUAUAAAAUUUACUUUUCUCUGACCGAUCUUUACAUUUCCUUCAAAAUGUUAUUUUUCUUUUUUUUUUCUUAAAGCAGAGCAAAAGAAACGCAACAAGCAAAUGAACUUUUUGAAUAAGGAUUUUCAAAAAUGAUUAUUGUUAGGUUAAAUUCGAGUUAAAAACAUCAGAGAUUGAUGAAAGUGUAACAUGAUUAUCUUUAAACUUUAGAAAGUAACACA